CCCCGUCAGUUUGCGCAGGUGGCGCUUGUUGAACGAAUGUGUGUUGCGCAUUGCGCGCCCAGUCCGAAUAUUGACAGUUAAAAAAUAUACUAAAAUAAAUUGUCCCACAAAAUUCUUAACAUACAAUUAACUCUAAUUUCAUAAUUGUAACAUAACUACAAACGUUUAAUCCGAUAACUUGGUGUAACAAGUAAUUUCGCAGUGACUUUUUAAACUUUUUCUGAUUGAUUUUCCCAUUGUACCGAAAUCAUUGCGGAGAAUAUCUGGUUGGAGUUUUCCAUUUCCAUUGGUAGUAUAGUUGGCGACAAGUGCGGGCUGCAGCGGUCGCCUGCAAGUUCUGGUUCGGUGGGAACGUGAACAGGUUCUCGUGUUUACAAUCGGCCGUGCAGUUUGAUGUUUCGCGACCAAUAAUUAUUUUAAUCGUGAGGUGAAUGUGCUGGUGAGGUGAUGCUGUGGCUCGCUGGAGUCUGUGCGUGACUUGUUGCUCUAUAGCUGAACGUUCUCCGCCUCGCCAUGAGCGGCCAGUGUCAGUGAGGCGGCGCCGCGUCUGCUGCCGGUGAAUGAUGCUGCGGGCGACGCCAUGGCCGCGCUGUCGUGCUUCCAGCCGAGCCGCCCGCUGCUCGCGCAGCCAGCCAGGUGUCUAGACGAGGAUCACUACGCGGUCCCGCUGACGCUGCGGCGGCGGCAGCUGUUCCAGCGAUGUGACGACGCCCGCGCGCAGUGGCACAGCAACCCCGCGCCCGCGCCCGUGCAGCAGGUGUCUGUAAAGAAAACCCGCGAGGAGUUGACGAAGAAUGCGUCACAAGGCGUGAGCGGCGCGGCGGCGCGGCGGCUGCACAUCGAGUCGGGCUGGUCGAAGGUCGAGGAGGUGCGCAAGAAGUUCGAGGGCGCCUCCGUGGCCGCCACCACCAGCUUCUCCAGGUCCUUCGAGAGCCCGCCCAGGCGUCGUCUGGCAGACUCCCUGUUCGCGAGUUUCAAGCUCCCGCGCAAGAAGGACGGCAUGCUGGCGCCGCGCUCGCCCGCGCCGCAGCCCAAGCGCAAGUCCGCGGUGCAGCUGCUGGCGGAGACCAAGGCCUUCUACGUCAAGAGCGAGACGGUGCGGGACAGGAAACAGGAGCUGCCUUUGAGGGUGAGCAGUGGGCUGAGCCAGGCGAUAGCGGCCGGGGGCUGCCAUCUAGUCAGUUCCGGAGCCCCCAUCUCCAACGAUGUCUACUGCAAUCCAUACGCGACGACGGGUCGCAUAGGCGUGUCGCGCCGCGCCGUGAGCGCGGGCGAGGGGCUACAGAACACGCUGCGGCGGCUUCUGGAACAUUCCGACAGUCGGGAGAAUGUGUAUUCGCCGCCCAUCUACGCUGUCCCCCACAAGCCGUUCCCGCGGCGCGCCGCCCCGCCGUCGUCGCUGUGCUGCCAGAGCAAGUCGGAGACAGGGAGACGCCGCGCGCCCAGCAUCGACCCCGUGCACCACACGCUGCUGCCGAGCCCGCAGUCGUCCCCGGACAGCGCGGCGGGCGAGCUGUCGGCGGAGCACGUCGGCGCCAUCAGCCCGCCCGCGCAGUACGCGCACUCCGCGCCGCGCUACAUCCGGUCCAACUCGCACUGCCAGCCGGCGCGCGAUGACGGCGGCGGCAACAUCAACAGCCACAAGUCUCUACCGGACCUGCACACACAGGCACACGUCUACCCGGAACAUGGCCACCCUGGGCCGGAGCCUGCAUCGCGGUCUCCACGGCGGCGCCGGCACUCCUCGCACCAGCGCACCGCCUCCUGCUCCUCCAAGGGAACCAGAUCAAAUCACUCGUCGUUGAUGUCGUCGUGCGAUGCUUUCUCCGAGCACCCGUCGCCCGGCGAAGAGACCUAUCAGUACAAUAGUCGGUGCGGCUCGUCAUUCGCCCGCGACUCGGGCGGUUCUAGUGGACACUACACGCAGGGCGCGCCGCCCUCGCCCACCUCGCAGCCGGAAUACAGAUAUAACAGCUACUACCCCGGCUGCUACGUGUCUGCGCCGCCUCAGUUCCAAGAUGGAGCGCCCUCGCCGCCGCCGCCGCCGCCUCCACCGCCUCAUGAGACCAGGGUCGGCAUACAUUUCCAGGCAAGCGCCCCCCCGCCCCAGUUCCAAGACGAACCUCCAGCCUACUAUGACGAAUACGACUGCCACCGCGCGCCCGUUAAGUGUCAGCCGCGAGCGGAUAGACGCGACAGGGACCGGGAUUAUAAGAGAUACCACGAGGGCACGACGGAGCUGGUGUCUAAACAACCUCAAUACGCGGAGCCGCGGCGCCGCGUCGACGACACUCAGGAGUACGUCAACACCGCACAGAUCUGUCCGCCGGAGGAAGUGACGUCACCGCUGGGCACGUUCAAGAGGCAAAGAUGUCUGCGGUAUAAGCAGCGCCGCCCGCGGCCGAUCCUGCGCUCCAAGUCCGACAUCUCCGAUAGAUACCGGCGCACGGAAGGCCGCAGCCCGGCAUCCGCCCCGUGCGAAGCCGACGACUCCCCCGACAGCCUCUCCUCCUCCUCGACCCGCCUGCAAGCCUUCUUCAGCCGGCUCGGGCUGGAGGCGCGAGUGUGGGACGCCCUGCUGGCUCGCGCGCCCAAUGACAGCCCGGUGUACUUCUCCGAUGCAAGCUCGAGGGACUCGGCGCUGUUGCCUGAUUAUACGGUACAAGGUGCGACGCAGAAGCCCAUCUACCGCAAUACAGAGCCCCCUAGCGUCGUGGAGCGGAACGCACGCAUCGUCAAGUGGCUGUGUCAGUGUCGGAAGACACUUCCACAAGCGUCGCAGGCGCACUGAUGCUAGACGCGAGUGUGGCGCCGUCUAGUGACAGUUUUGUGAACUUCGACUAGCGGUGCCGUCAGCGGCUCCAUCUAGUGGCAGUAUUGUGCACUUUAGUAAAGUGGCGCAUAUAGUGGCCCCAUCUAGUGGCAGUUUUUGGAAACAAUUCGAGGCUAUCGCAUCUUGAAUAAUUAUGGAACUAAUAUGUCUGAGCUGUGAGUAGUGGAACUAAGUAAGGGCUUGUCAAUACUAGAAUUUGAAUCGAAGACAAGCUACACGGAAUAAUGAUGCGCCAUCUAGUAUCUAUACAGAGGUGUGAGUGGUGUCAUCAAGUGGUAGAUUUCGGAACUAAGAUUGAAGUUACUCGUAUAAAAAUGCAUUUAGUAUCGAAUUUAGUUGACGCGUAUUAGAUAAUUAUGAAGAGAGUGUAGUGUGAAAUCGAAAAUUUAAUCAAUUUAAAAGCAAUGUGAUCUUACAGUUAGCUCAUCUAUUUAAUUCGAUGAACGUAAUAGAUUGUAGAGCUAUUCUAGUAUCUGGGGUCGAGUUACGCAGAAGGAAAAUUUAAAAUGAAAGUAUGUAACGUAUGGACGCAGAUUUGUUUAUACUUUGAGGCGUUAUAAUGUACUCUAAUAAUGUAUUAAAGUUGCCAGUAAAUACCUAAUUAAAGUUAACAAUAUUAAUGCUUGUCAAUCAUCUUUAGAUAGAUUAUAUUCAAUCGAAAAUACCUACAAUAAAAUACAAGAGAGAAACGUAGCGAAUAAUAUAAGUAAUUUUGAUGUUAACUUUUUAACUUUAUAAAUAAAUAACUUAAGACCCUAUCCAACCAGAAGCUGUUCAAAAUAUUACGUCAUUACGAAUAAUUAUUAAAUUCUGAAUACGACUUACACUAACGCUUGUUUAAAUUUAAGAUUAAUCGUCGAUUAAGAUACGUUAUCGCAAUUUUAAUUAAAAACAUACGAAGUAAACCAACAAAGACUAUCAUAGAUUUACGACUUGCUCAAUGAUGUCAUCUCCUCACUAGACUAGUGGGACGGGCGUCUAUCGAAUGUAGAUAUAUUAAUUAAAUAAAUACAUGCGAAUAGAUAGAAUAUAGCAAGUUUUCAAAUAGGUCACUACAUUUUAGAUUAGAAUCCAUUUUAAACAGUAAUAAAUGAUUUUGAAGUAUCGAUAAGCAUUAAAAAACUCUUCGAUUUGUAGAAAGUCUUCGAUAUGUAAUAAGACUAAAGUGUAAGAAGUAAAUGCUAUAAAUGUGAUAUUCGAUAACCGGGUUUCUUAAAAUCCCCCCUUUUAAGAAACCAGGCUAUUAAAACGUCUAUAAUGCAAUAAACAAAAUCGUACUAAAACAGUACUAAAGAUUAGGCGCGGUAACCCCAUCAGUGGUGUACUUGCAUGAGGGAAAAGUAUUUAUGUCAAUAUUAAAAUAAUUUUACUAGUUGACUGCUCUUAUUUUAUUAAACUAUUUUCGGUCAAGUUAUGAUAUUAUUAUCCUUUAGUCAACAAAGAUACUUUAACCAUACAUAACUUAAAGUUAAAAUUAUAGCAUUUUUCGAAAAAUGUAGGUACAAUUCACGAGCUUAGUCGUACGGAGACAUAAUACGUUAUUUUGGAAUCGAAUAAUAUAAAUAAUAAUCAUUAUAAUAUAGAUAGUUUGACUGUCAUCGUUGUAGGCACUGUGAAUACAUAUUUUUUGCUCGACUUGGUGGGGGCACUGCCGUGCCACCAGAUAAGUAUUAUGAAUUUAUAAAAAAUAGUUUACAGCAUUAUGUUUAAAUUAAUUGUGUUUUGUUUGACUACUUAUAGAAGUGAGUAUUACAAUUUUAACUGUAUGUGAACCAUCUAAAUUAUGUUGUUCCUGUUAAGUGUUUGUCGUAGGUAGUUAGUUUAUCUAAAUAUUUAAAAACAAUUGUAUCUAUUUAUGAAUAUUACAUAAUGUAUUUAUGGAUAUAUAGAAUUUAACGUUUAAUAUUUAAAAGAAACAUGUGAUUCGGUAGCACAAAAAGGAUCAAUUGUAGCUAAAACCUUAAUAAUGUAGUGCCAAAACAUACUUGGUAAACUCAACCUUUAAAUGCUGGUCGAUUUUUCUAAUAUUGAAAAUAAUCAAUGUUGACUAUUAUGUCCGCAUCGUGUAUGGCCAAUGAACACAGAGCAAGACGCAAGAGUGACCAAUAAUGAGACCGUAUUCCAAUUUCCAAUACAAUCUUAUGGCAAACU